CCGGUUUAAGGAGCAACAUUGACAUCACAAAACCAAAAUUCACCUGUGUGGUUUUUCUUUCUUUCUAUAAAUGGAAAUAUUGGUGAUAUCGUUGAAAUAAAUCUGACAAUUGUGGGAGGAUGGUCAGCUGAACAAUUGUUGACUUUGAUAGCACUACUCUGAACUUAAUAGAAAAUCUAGUGGGGAUGGACUUAUGAAAGAGGGCGUUAUCGUGCACUUAUCAUUUAAGGAUAACUCGCACCUGCUCAGCUUUUCACCUUAAGGAAGUCUUGCAAUGAAAAUUACGUUGACAUGGUUGAAAUUAAGCAUUAUACUUGAUGUGUUCAUUUGACACCCGGCAUGUCUAGGGUUAGGAUGUUUAAAACUUGUAGCGGUGCUGCGGAACUCGGAAUAGGCUUCAUCAGUAUUACUUGUGAUUGUAAUGAGUGAGAAUGAGAAUUAAAUGCCAUGAAUAUGCGAUGGUUCAUCCUCGUUUGUGUCGUUCAUUGUAUUCAAUUUACAACCGGCUCUCCGCCUUCUUCACCCGUCAACGUUCACGCUGUCUACAGGAACUCUUCCUUCAUCAUCACGUGGGAUGUCCCUCCACUAACUUACGGAACUAUCACUGAAUACGUGUUAUAUGCGAUCAUUUUACCUGAAACCCGUCAAACUAUUUAUAGAUCAGACAUCCCAAUGAUCAUCAUUGAUGCGGCUUCACAUACUGACAAAAUGUUCCGUAUAACUGUAGCAGCUGAAAACAAAGACGGUCUCAGUGAACCAUCCAAACCUUUCUACAUCCGCUCACCUUGUGGAAGAAAACGUACUAUUAAACCAGGGUCACGGGUAAACAUUUCCUCACCAGAUUUCUCAAACCAUGUAGAAAAAGGAGUGCAAUGUCAGUGGGAAAUUGAUACAAACUACACACACGUUUUACAAUUUCACUUUCUUCACAUUGAUCUUGGAGAGGACUCGGACCCAACAGCCAAUGCUUGCAGUGAUUCUUUUAUAUCAGUAACUAGCGAAGGAAAUUCACAUGAAAAGAUUUGCAGAGAGAGGUCAGACUUUGUUGGCAGUUCCAUGGAAAAGGUUUCAUAUUUCAGUGGAAUCAAGAACAACAAUAACACAGGAUUUCGAAUACUAAUAUCAACGAAAGUAAAAGCACCAGGACCCCCUACAAAUAUUACGAUGACGUCAUUUAGAACGGGUGUGUUCAUAAGAUGGUCUCCACCGAGUGGUCGAUAUUUACCUUUGACGUCGUAUACUUUGAGGUAUCGUCUGUCAAAUUACAGAAGAGAGAUAGUGCUUUCCUCGAGAACUCCAUGGUUUAGCAUUGAUACUCGUAACUUUCGAGGGCAGCUUCUUUUGAUCUCUAUAUACGCUAACAUCAGUAACAUAAAGGGAAGAGAGACCAGAGACCUAUACUUCAGGGCGCCAUGCCAUGAGAUUUAUAGAUUACCGGAAUCACGAGAGUUACAAAUAGUAUCUCCCGGAUAUCCAAGUUCGUACUCACCGGGUGUUAGCUGUACCUGGGAAAUAGAAAAUGUCGACUCUUGUAACAUAACGAUUACAGUAGUCAGUAUAGACAUAGAGGACACCUUGUCGUGUAGUGGGGAUUAUCUCUCUAUCUCUGUCGGGGGAUCUUCUAGAUUAUGUGGAGUUACUGAUAGACCGUCAACAAUUAAUACAAAAGAAAAUAAUGUGAAAAUUGCAUUUGUGUCUGAUUACAAAAAUCAGGGAAGAGGAUUUAUGAUUAAAGUGAAAAAACAUGCAGCAGUACAAUCUACGAUAACACCGAUGAAGACUUCAAUGACCACAACGAAGACACCAAUGUCCAAGUAUACUAUCACAUCGACCGAUUUCAGGUCCAUUACGACACAUGGAAGAAGUUACUCUCCCACAAUUGUCGUAACAAACAAUGUAGUUACUGAAGCAACCGACAAUAUUCCUUCUCAUACAAAUACACCCGGUGCACAGACAACAGAAAGUGUAAAGGGAUCAGCAGAUUUAGUUUCAGGAACAUCAGAUUCAUCUACAACAAAUGUUCAUUCGUCAUAUUCUACUGUAGCAUCAUUCAAGACAAUUCUAUUUACCGGUGAACUUUUUAGAAACUUGAGUUACACAACUCAAGUGCCAAUAUCACUACUUAAACCAUCCAAUCAUAUGUCAUUCAAAGACAACGACAAACCUGUAUCAUCAUCAUCGUCAUCAUCAUCAAUUCAUAUUAAAAAAUCCUCCACUUCGAGUACAACAGUGCCAUCAACAAUCGUACCCAUAUUCAAUAUGCUGUCAUCGCCAUCUUUGUCAACUGCAUCAAUUUCAAUGGCGUCUCACAUGCCUGAGCAGACGCCAACACAGAUAUCGUCAUCAUCACAUAAUUCCCCUUCUGAGAUUAAUGAAAGGAGCAUGGAAAAUGCUGUGCAUAAUGUGUCUUUGAAUCUAGAAUUCAUGAACAGAAAAAGAAAACGUCGUAUUUCCAUUUCGAACAACACUUUAUUAUCUCUUCAUGACAAGCUGUAUCAUGUUUUCAAUAAUCCCUUUGGUAUUCUCGUGGAUCUGGAGCUUAAACUCACUGAAAUAGAACAUCGUUCUGUGAAUGUGUUGCUGAUUUUAAUGUACAGCGUUCCAAAGCUUCUUAUACAAAUGAAAAUGGAUACCAAUUUCCGUCUGAUAAAGUUCAUCAAUGAAACUGUUUUUGCAAAUAUAUCAAAUGAAUGUAUAUCGUCUGGAAAUUGGAAGCUUAAUUUUGUGAAGUUUUCCCAGUUUCGUACAAUGAAAACGUUUUAUAACCAGGAGAUUACAUCGCCAUGUAAGCUCGUUAGCGGAUAUUGUAACAAUGAUACCGCCUGCACUAUAGAUAAAUCCGCACAAUUUGGCAUAAUCUGUCUAAGAAAAACCUUCACCAACGAUUCAUCCAUAAAACCAAAAGUUCUGAACCAUGAUAUGACGUAUGUGAUAGUAGGAAGUUCUGUAGCAGCAGCAGUCAUCAUCAUACUUGUCCUGGUAUUCAUUCUCCGUCAGAAAUGUCCCAGACGACACAUUCGGGUAACAGCCAGUUCAAACAUUGGUCAACAACCUUUUAAUGAUAUCCUUCUACACAGCCGGUACAUUGGUGACAAAAACGUGGUGUUUACUGCCUUCUCAUCCAACGACCUGAAAAACUACAGGAAAAAGAGAAAAGGAAUAAUCAGCUCCUCUCUUCCAACGAAAUCCAUCAAAGGAUAUGACAGAAAUGGUGCUACGAUAGAGGACAAACUUAAACAACUGAGGUUUAUUGAAGACCAAAGGGAGCUCAAGAAGCGACUCAAGGUCAAAUACUGCUCUCGGAGAACAAACAGUUUGUGAUACACUUGCAUAUACGUGCUGAAGGCUGGACUUUCACAAAUACGUUUCAAAAUAUUAGACGAUACUGAUGUUUAUAUUCACAAUUUGUGUGAUGUAUAACGAUAUUUUCUAAUUAAAUUGUCUUCAUUUG